AGGGAUAAACGCCAAACCGGUUACAGGAGCGAGAGGACCGGGAGGGUAAACCGAAGUUGCCGGGGAUAACAAGGCCCAAUACCGACUAAGGACAUUUUCGGUCUUGUGAAUGCAACGUUUAGUUUCCCGGUACACCCUCUCCUCUCUGUCACUGUGGUUUGAACCAUCUAACGGUUCGUUAGCUCGGUAGAUCUGCAGCAACAGCCGCCCAGAAAUUGCCUGAGGAAGCUAGCGGGCUAACUAAACUAGCUGUAAAAAUAUUUUCAGAGACUCGAGGGAGUCUGUUGGAAGGCAUUAGUUGUCAGCUGGGAGCAAUUACAGAACCUCAACAGUCGGAAAGAUACACGUUGGGAAGCCUGUGCCUGUUGGCAGACACGGGGCCGGGUGGACCUCCGGCAAAGCGGACCCCCCAAGCGGCCCGUUUUUCACACCAGCGACAGAAGCCGGGGAGUCGUCUGUAGACAGGGGUUGAGCAUUGGACCUGCGACACCGGAGCAGUAGCGUUGAGUAACGUUAGGGAAACUUGAACCGAGUUCGAUCAUUGAGAGCCGGGAAGUAUCCGGACAGAGACCUCAUGAAUGGAAAUCGGUACUACAGGAGUGGUUGGGGCGCAGUCCCUGUUUUCCGUGCCUCGGCGGCCUGGCUAUGGCACCAUGGGGAAGCCCAUCCGGCUGCUGGCCAACUGCUUCCAGGUGGACAUCCCCAAGAUGGACGUCUACCUGUACGAGGUGGACAUCAAGCCUGACAAGUGCCCUCGCCGCGUCAACCGGGAGGUGGUAGACUCCAUGGUGGAACACUUCAAGGUCACCAUCUUUGGGGACCGACGGCCAGUCUAUGAUGGGAAGAGGAGCCUUUACACAGCCAACCCACUCCCGGUGGCAUCCGCAGGAGUGGAUCUGGAUGUCACUCUGCCGGGAGAGGGGGGAAAGGACCGGCCAUUUAAGGUCACCAUCAAAUUUGUGGCCCCGGUGAGCUGGCACCUGCUCCACGAGGUUCUAACGGGCCGCGGGGUUCCGGAGCCCCUGGAGCUGGACAAGCCCAUCAACACCAACCCCGUACACGCCGUGGAUGUGGUGCUGAGACACCUGCCCUCCAUGACAUACACACCUGUGGGCCGAUCCUUCUUCUCCUCCCCCGAAGGCUACGACCACCCCCUGGGAGGGGGGAGGGAGGUGUGGUUUGGGUUCCACCAGUCUGUGCGUCCGGCCAUGUGGAAGAUGAUGCUGAAUAUUGAUGUGUCUGCCACAGCGUUCUACAAGGCCCAGCCGGUGAUCCAGUUCAUGUGUGAGGUCCUGGACAUUCACAACAUCGAUGAGCAACCAAGACCGCUCACCGACUCGCACAGAGUCAAAUUCACCAAAGAGAUCAAAGGCCUGAAGGUGGAGGUGACGCACUGUGGGACCAUGAGGAGGAAGUAUCGGGUGUGCAACGUGACCCGCCGCCCGGCCAGUCACCAAACGUUCCCCCUCCAGCUGGAGAACGGGCAGACGGUCGAGCGCACCGUGGCUCAGUACUUCAGAGAGAAGUACAGCCUGCAGCUGAAGUACCCACACCUUCCCUGUCUGCAGGUGGGGCAGGAACAGAAGCACACCUACCUGCCUCUGGAGGUCUGCAAUAUAGUAGCAGGCCAGCGCUGCAUAAAGAAGCUGACAGACAACCAAACAUCUACCAUGAUCAAAGCCACAGCACGCUCAGCCCCAGACAGGCAGGAGGAGAUCAGCAGACUGGUGCGGAGCGCCAACUACGAGGCGGACCCGUUUGUUCAGGAGUUCCAGUUCCGCGUGCGCGACGAGAUGGCGGAGGUCACGGGCCGAGUCCUUCCCGCCCCCAUGCUACAGUAUGGUGGCCGGGUGAGCUCUGAACACUUUAUGAACCGCACGGUGGCGACCCCAAGCCACGGCGUGUGGGACAUGAGGGGGAAGCAGUUCCACACGGGAGUGGAGAUCAAGAUGUGGGCCAUCGCCUGCUUCGCCACCCAGAGGCAGUGCAGGGAGGAGAUCCUGAAAAGCUUUACGGACCAGCUGCGUAAGAUCUCCAAGGACGCUGGGAUGCCCAUCCAGGGCCAGCCGUGCUUCUGCAAGUACGCGCAGGGAGCCGACAGCGUGGAGCCCAUGUUCCGCCACCUGAAGAACACCUACGCCGGCCUGCAGCUCAUCAUCGUCAUCCUGCCCGGAAAGACCCCCGUCUACGCUGAGGUGAAGCGUGUUGGGGACACCCUCCUCGGCAUGGCCACCCAGUGCGUCCAGGUGAAGAAUGUGGUGAAGACGUCCCCCCAGACCCUGUCCAACCUCUGCCUCAAGAUCAACGUCAAGCUGGGCGGCAUCAACAACAUCCUGGUCCCUCACCAGCGGCCCACAGUUUUUCAGCAGCCAGUGAUUUUCCUUGGCGCUGACGUCACGCACCCUCCAGCGGGAGAUGGCAAGAAGCCGUCUAUCGCCGCAGUGGUGGGUAGUAUGGACGCUCACCCCAGCCGUUACUGUGCGACGGUGCGCGUGCAGCGUCCGCGGCAGGAGGUGAUCCAGGACCUGUCGUCCAUGGUGCGCGAGCUGCUCAUCCAGUUCUACAAGUCCACGCGCUACAAGCCCACCCGCAUCAUCUACUACCGCGACGGCGUCUCCGAGGGACAGUUCCGACAGGUGCUGUACUACGAGCUGCUGGCCAUCCGGGAGGCGUGCAUCAGCCUGGAGAAGGAGUACCAGCCGGGCAUCACCUACAUCGUAGUGCAGAAGCGCCACCACACGCGCCUCUUCUGCGCCGACCGCAACGAGAGGGUGGGCCGGAGUGGCAACAUUCCUGCCGGUACCACCGUGGACACGGACAUCACCCACCCCUACGAGUUUGACUUUUACCUCUGCAGCCAUGCCGGAAUACAGGGUACCAGUCGGCCCUCCCACUACCACGUGCUGUGGGACGACAACUGCUUCACGGCCGACGAGUUCCAGCUGCUCACCUACCAGCUGUGCCACACCUACGUGCGCUGCACCCGCUCCGUCUCCAUCCCCGCGCCAGCCUACUACGCCCACCUGGUGGCCUUUCGUGCCCGCUACCACCUGGUGGACAAGGAGCACGACAGUGCGGAGGGCAGCCAUGUUUCAGGUCAGAGUAACGGCCGAGACCCGUCUGCUCUGGCCAAAGCCGUGCAGAUCCAUCACGACACGCUGCGGACCAUGUACUUUGCCUGAGAGCCCCCUCGCCUCACCUCUGACCUUUGACCUACGACCUCACCUCCUGUGUCUCCCAUCAUCAGUCCCCUGUCGCCGAGUAGCACCAGGUGACAUGCCCCCCCCCCCCCCAAACAAAGGUGACCAAACCCAGGGCACCAAGCUGAUGACAACGCACAGCGCAACCCAGCAGCGAUUGUUUUGGCUCUGUCGGGGAGGGAGCUCUGCACUGUUUAUGCAAUAGAGAAGCAGCCAAUCCCCCACCCCCCCCCCCCCCCCCACCCCUCUCUCUCUGCUCUGUGUGAGGUCGUCUGCAAAACACCUGACCACGCCUCUGUCAGUCAGUCUGUCUAUCUGUCCUUCCUCCAAUCAGACGUCCAAUCUGACGUAGGGAUGGUAUGCCUGUUUUUGUUGUUGUUGUUGUUGUUUUUGUUUGUUUGUUUUGAAUGUUUUUGUUUGUUUUAUGCUUGUAGAAAGGCACAGAUGUGUACCCAGGGGGAGGCCGGAGGGCCGAUCCGUUCCGGGCCAGUCCCAAGGUGAUGCCUUUGUAGAGCAGAUCCCGUCGUCACACUCUGGCCCUCUGACUAUGGUUUUACAUUGACGUCUGGUGCAUUCCCUGAGAUUCUACCGUCUCUGGUUGCUCUUUGGAAGCUUGUGGCCCCCGCAAAAGCAGUCGUCACAAAUAAUCUUCACCUCUGCAUGUUUUAGGCUACGAAAAAAAAAACCUAAACAGAAACAAAAUAUUCAUGACAUUCGUAGAUGCGUGGGAACUGUGGCCUUUGGUUGUCAGUUUUUAUUUAAAGUUUGUUAAGGAUUUCUGAGUCGAUGGCAUGUGUGAGCUGGACAUUUGAGGUGUGUGAGCCGUGUGUGAGCCGUAUGUGAGCCGUGUCCGCACUGUCCUGUUGGGUCAGUGUGCUGCUUGAAGUCUGUAGCCUGUUGUCAAAAAGUCCUUUCGAACCCCUAUCUUACACUCUCUUUCUCACACACACACACACACACACACACACACACACACACACACACACACACACACACACACACACACACACACACACACUCACACUCACAGCUUGGCUUCCCGGAGGGUUGUUCGCAAAAAAAACUCCAGGCUUGGGUUGCUCAGAGUGUGUUUGGGCUUAUUUAUAUUUGUGUGUGUGUGUGUUCAGACAGAUGGUCUCCACGAUAAGACGCUAGUCCUUUUUCAGUCAUUUGCCGAGGUAAUUCACGCCUGGCCAGCCGUGAUUGCCGCUCAGUCACUGAAACGGUUUUCACUACAGUGAGAUUACGGGGGGGAAUUUUGGCUCACAGCUCAUCCUCGCUCAGCUCUACUUUAAAACCUGUUGAAGAGUGAAUAAUUUUCCUUGUUCCCUCUAGAAUUCAAUGCAAACAUUCUGUAGUUUAGUGUUCUAUAUACAGUCUGUGGGGAAAAAUCUCCGAGGGUAAUUCAGUUCACCGAACAUUCUAAUCACAUAUUUGUGACCGUACUCCUCAACAGGUUAACACUCAGUCUUCAUUGUCUGUCUGUCGGCUCGGCCUGUCCAGGUGUGUAGUGGAAGUUUCAUAUUUGUGUCCUCCAACUGUGAACCCAACCAAAACAAAGCCUCGCCUCGCAGCUCUCCUUUAGUGCAAUAAGCCACCAGCCCGUGGCCUCCUGGGGCCAAUUCUGAUUGGUUCAUACAGGCGACCAGGGUUAAGAAUGGCUUCACCUGAUUGGCUUAUGCAAUUGUAUUGAAGCAGUGGUAUCUCCAAAGGGAAAUUGACUGUUUGUUGCGGUAUAUUACCCCCCACACCCCCACCCCUUAGUUGGGUGGAGAAGGACGUCUGUAUGUCAAGAUGAAUGUGUUUCAGUCGGCCUAUUCUGGAUUGAGAUGAUUUAAAGACGAGUUACGUGUAGAAUCCAAGAAGUAGAAGACCAAGUGCCUGUCAAGGGGAGGGAGACGAAUAGAGUAUAUACAGUAUAUGAGAUGACACCUUUGUAGCUAUAUAUUUAUUUAUAUAUUGAGGCCAGAAGAGAACGAUGACACGUACCUACGUAUGUACGUGAUCAAAGAGCACUAUGAACAUACGGUUUUUUUUUUUUUGGGGGGG